AUGGAGCUGUGUGCAACCAGCGUCGACGUCGACGUCCUCCGCAUUGCUCACUGGAUCUGUGUCCAUCUUUACCGUGCCUCUCGACGAGCCCUGCGUACCAUCAUCUGCGUCGCCCCGCGGUUGUCUACCCUGCCGGGAUUGCUGUUUGCCCUGUCGCUGCACUGGGACCACACCGACGUCCAUCAUCCAGGCCUGCACCAAGAGAGACAGCUCACCAUGAUCCGCCUCGACUCUCGACGACAGCUUCAGCCAUUUCAACCGCUGCCACCUGGUCCUGGCCCGACCUACUUCCGCACCACCUCUGGCCGCUUCCAGCUAUGUCUCGGCAGCCAGAGCGACAACGGCAGCUCCCGGGGCGUUCGUCUGUUGGUUGAUGCAGAGGUGCACCAGGCGACUACUGAGGCGUGCAUCACGGACAUCACAGACGACAUCGGGGACAGGGAUGACAUGCUUUCUUUCAGAAACCCCGCCAGCAACGCCCUCGCGCGUCACAACUCGACCUCGUCGACGACUUCACGAUACGGCCAAAACAACAACUUUUCCGCCAGCGUCGGCCCCGGCACCAGACAGCGCCAUGAACGCUCACAGUCGUCGUUGGGCAAUAGCCGGUCGGUACACGCACAGUCGGUCUCCGGACAUCCGCGCUCCCGAAACGCAAACACCGCAAGACCUCGCACAGCUAUCGGCAAUCGAAUUGAGGAUGAAUGUGAUGGACCAAUGGCACAACAGCAUGGUACGACCAGUCAAUUUCGUCAACUGAACUUUCAACGCAAUUUUGAAUUUCCGCACAACACGUCAAGACAUGCCAUUCCAGCACCCCAGAUGAACCACUCGUCACGCAGAGAAGUAUCUCUCACCAGCCGGUUCGGUGCACUGUCCAUUAAGGACGACACCAGCUCGGAUUCUGCCCAAGAUGAAGAUCAAGUGGUUUUCAGCCAAGAAAACAGCGUCAGCUCCGCGACAACGACUGCGAGCGGCGCUGCACAAAUGGACAACGUCACCAUGCGCUCCCCUCGCAAGCUCGCCAUGAAACCGCCAGACCUGUCGCCGAAGAAGAGGCACGCCAGUCGCAUGACUGACCCCGCCACGCCUUCGCCAGACUCUAAGCGCGUUAGAGCCGACAUGAAAGUAUUCGAAGAGGCGAUUAUGUCCACCAUCAAAGAAUCCAGAUCCCCCGCCAGAUGCCCCUCCCCUAGUAAACUCAUGUUCUUGACCAAAGAUUCUAACACAACUCAAUUCGCAGCAUGGGAUGUCGAGGGACGCUUGGGAGAGCUAGACUCUCAGUUUAAGAAGGUGCAGGACUCGAUGAACAGCAUGAUUUCCGACAAGGAGUUGAUGGAUGAGAGAGUUGAGAUGUACAAGAAGAGAAUAUCCGAGCUGGAAACCGAGCGAGACAAGUUCGCAGACCGAAAUGAGAGCCUGCACUCGGAGCUCAACAGCAUGCGGGAGCAGGUUUCUAAAUUGACGAUUGAAUCAGAGACUGAGAAGCGCAGCCAUAAGUAUGAGCUCGAGGAUGAGGCUCGCAAGCGCCGCCAUGAGGUGGAGCAGCUCCGACGUGAAUUGAGGGAUGAAGUUGCACGACAGGAGAAGAGCCAGAGCGAGGCGUUGGCGGCCUUGGAGCGACAUUACAAGGUCAUGAUUGAGGAUGAGCGGGCCAAGCAGGGCAAGGAGAUUGAGCACCUUCGCAUGCGACUCGGAAACGAACAGCAGGACCUCCACCUCAACCUGCAGAAGAAGGACCGCGAGGUGUCAGAGAUGCGUGCUGUGAUUGAGGGGCUAAAGGGCGAUUUGGACCGCGAACAGAGCCUGAAGAAGGGCCUCGAGGCAACCAUCACCGAGCUCUCGUCCUCAACUCACCAACUUCAGGGCCGAAUCAACUCCCUCACCGGACAAGUCGACUACCUCCAGUCCGACAGCAAGGCGCAAUCCGACUCUUACACGCAAAUGGAGGCGAGGCUGCAGGAGGCUCUUGAGCAAGCGGAGUUUGCCAAGGAGAAGCUCAUUAAGGAGGAGACGGAGCGCCGCAUCCUCUUCAACAAGUACCAGGAGCUCAAGGGCAACAUUCGUGUUAUGUGCAGAGUGCGCCCCGUUCUCAGCGCUGCGGAAGGUGCGCCGGCGCAGGUUGCGUACCCCGACGACAAGACGUCGGCCGAGAUCGCCCUCGCGGGACCUGAGGAGAUGAACAGCAUUACCGGCAAGGCUACCAGAAAGAACUACAACUUUGAGUUCGACCGCGUCUUCGACCCCAAGGCGCAGAACCAGGACGUGUUUGACGAGAUUUCCCAGUUGGUGCAGAGUGCGCUCGACGGAUACAACGUGUGCAUCUUUUGCUACGGUCAAACAGGUUCCGGAAAGACUCACACCAUGUCGUCUCAAGACGGUAUGAUUCCUCGCGCGACACAUAUGAUCUACGACACGGUCAACAAGCUCAAGGAGAAGUCGUGGACAUACAAGAUGGAGGGAUCCUUCAUUGAAGUGUACAACGAAGAGCUCAACGACCUGCUCACCGAGGGCAAGGGACGCAAGCUCGAGAUCCGUCACGACGAUGUGCGCAAGCAGACGACGGUCGUCAACUGCAAGUCGGUGUCGCUGGACUCGGCGGACACGGUUGAGAUGAUGCUCGACGAGGCGCAGAAGAACCGAUCUGUGGCGGCAACCAAGGCUAACGAGCGGUCGUCUCGUUCGCACAGUGUCUUCAUCCUCAAGCUGGUGGGCUUCAACUCGGCAACGGGAGAACGUUGCGAGGGCACCCUCAACCUGGUGGACCUGGCUGGUUCGGAGCGUCUGAAGCACUCGCAGGUCGAAGGUGACAGGAUGAAGGAGACACAGAACAUCAACAAGUCCUUGUCAUGCCUCGGUGAUGUUAUUGAAGCGCUCGGCAGGGGGAGCGGACACAUUCCGUACCGCAACUCCAAGCUGACGCACUUGCUGCAGUACUCCCUCGGGGGCAACAGCAAGACGCUCAUGUUUGUGAUGGUUAGUCCCUUGGAGACUCACCUCAAGGAGACGUUGACGAGUUUGAGAUUUGCUACGAAGGUUCAUAAUACCCACAUUGGUACGGCGAAGGCGACGAAGAAGGUUUAA